GUGAAGCACAGAGACUAUGAAAAGGAACAAGGAAAAGGAAUGAUUUAACAACACUGACUUUUAUCAUUUCUUUUCACAGUCAUUCAGUUCCUCGGACAAGACAGAAUGGAACGAUAUUGAAUGCUUUGGAGAUGGACGUGCUUUGGGCAUUAACAGUUUUACUGUAUUCUUCAGGCAGCUUAUGAAGCCAAUGGACUGAAAGAGGAAGCGUGUUUUGUAGUUAAAAUAGAUCAGCUUCUCUGAAUCUUCAGGAUGACCAAAGAUGACAAGAACACAGAGUGGGUGGGUGGACAAGAGUUCUACGAUAAAUAUGAACCUAAGGAGAUCCUAGGAAGAGGUGUAAGUAGUGUGGUUCGCCGCUGCGUGGACAAGCGAACCGGUCAGGAGUAUGCUGUAAAGAUUAUAGACAUCAUGCCAUCAGACAAAAUGAGCACCCAGGAGGUACAAGAGAUUCAAGAGGCCACGAUAAAAGAGAUUGACAUCCUUCGGAAAGUCUCCGGACAGAAGAACAUAAUUCAGCUGAAAGACUGCUUUGAGUCCAAGGCCUUCUUCUUUUUAGUUUUUGACCUGAUGAAGAAGGGAGAGCUGUUUGAUUACCUCACAGAGAAAGUGACUCUGAGUGAGAAAGAGACAAGAAAGAUCAUGCGUGCUCUCCUAGAGGUGGUGGAGUUCCUUCAUACCCAUAACAUAGUCCACAGAGACCUAAAGCCAGAAAACAUCUUGCUAGAUGAUGGCAUGAUCAUUAAGCUGACCGACUUUGGCUUCUCCCUUCAGAUAGAACCAGGGCAGAGGCUGAAUGAGGUUUGUGGAACUCCAGGUUACUUAGCUCCGGAAAUUAUCGAGUGCUCCAUGGACCCCAAUCAUGCAGGCUAUGGACCUGCUAUUGACCUGUGGAGCGUUGGGGUAAUCAUGUACACUCUAUUGGCUGGAUCACCCCCAUUUUGGCACAGGAAGCAGAUGCUGAUGCUGCGAAUGAUUCUGGAUGGGAAAUACGACUUCAGCUCUCCAGAGUGGGAGGACCGCUCAGACACUGUGAAAGACCUGAUUUCCAGGUUACUGGUGGUAGAUCCAAGAAGCCGCUACACAGCCACAGAGGCCCUGAACCACUCUUUCUUCCAGCAGUAUGAAGUCACAGAAGUCCGUCAUUUCAGCCCUUACAGGAAGUUCAAGGUUAUCUGCCUGACCGUUCUGGCCACCAUGCGCAUCUACUGUAACUAUCGCCGGGCCAAACCUGUGACUAAGGAAGUGAUUCGCAGUGACCCAUAUGCCAUCAAACCGCUGCGGAAGAUGAUCGAUGCCUGUGCCUUUAAAAUCUACGGUCAUUGGGUGAAGAAAGGACAGACUCAAAAUAGAGCAGCUCUAUUUGAGAACACUCCCAAAUUCAUCCUGCUGUCUAUUGCUGCUGAGGAGAGCGAUACGUCCUUGAGGACUCUGUGAGACAAGCCCACAUGACUGCGAAAAGGAAACUUCAGAAUGAAUAAUCAAAUGAAGCAUUAUGCAAGAUGAAAAUUGAGUAAUGCCCCCAAAGCAGUGGUUCUCUAAGUGGGUCCCUGAUAUUUUAAUUUGGUGUGUGAAAACAUAACUCACCAUUAUUAAAAUUAUUACAUUUAUUAUUGAGUGCUUAUGGUUGUUAGCCUGUUUGACUAGCACUUGAACUGGUUUUUAUCCAAACCUAUAUCCAUACCAACAACUCAAAAACAAGUAGCAAGUAAAUAAUGUUAACUUGAACCUAACGUGUCCUGUCAGUGGAAAAUCAGGACUAGAAUGCUCUAUAGCUCUAAUCAGUAAACAAAUAUUGUUGUACACAAUUAUAUAAUGUUCCUAAAAUAAAUCUGUCCCUGGCUACAAAGAGUUUGAGAACCACUGCUCUAAAAUGAUUUCAUACAAAUGUUGCAUUAUCAAAGGUUCUGCAAAUUGCAAAUUCUGAGCCACUGGGGGGCACUGCCUCACAAUUACCUACAGUUUAUUUAUUAACAAAUAAAAAUGAAAAAAAUAUAUUAAAAAAAAAAAAAUAUAUAUAUAUAUAUAUAUAUAUAUAUAUAUAUAUAUAUAUAUAUAUAUAUAUAUAUAUAUAUAUUUUUUUUUUUUUUCACACACAUUAGGGCCACACAAUAUCCCAUAUUCUAACCAUGAUCAUGCUCAUAACUUUUGGUUUCCUCAGUUAAUUAGACAUAACUCACUGUGAUUGCUAUUGUUGAGCUUGGAAAACUUAAAUAAUUGCCUGUCAUUGGGUUUAGCAUUGGGUUUCCUUCGUUCUUUUUGGUUUGUUGUCUGCUUGUGUUUAUUUUAGCACUUAAAAUUUUUUUGUUUGGUUUAUGUGAUGAGAGCAAUUUUAUUUUAAUCUAAAUGAGUUACACAUAUGAAGGAAUGUACAGUGAAAAAUGGAGGUUGAUUUAUGGGUGAUUCCACGAUUAGGGUGCCAGUUAUGUCCCAUUUUUUAAUAUUAACAAAUAUGUAUGUAAAGGAAAAACAGACAAUUGAAACAAGUGAAGUGUCCUUCAAAACAACCUAGGUGAACACUUCAGAAAAAUCACUUUAUUCUUCUAAGUAAAGCAUUAAAUGUGCUUAACGUCCUCAUGCCAGUAGCAUGCAUGCUAGUUAAGUACAUUUAUUUGCUAAUUCUAUGCUUUUCAAAAAAACUCAACCAUUUAAGAGCAAAGCAAACAUUAUAAAAAAUGAGAUUGUAGCCUGAGACGGUCUCACCAUUGAAUGCUUAAAAUGCAGGCUGCCGGAGGUUCAAUGUUGAAAGAAUAUUGAAAAUAAUUUUGACACCCCAAUCAUGGAAUCAUGUUCCUAAAUUGUCUGAAUAAUUAUGAUCAGUCACUGUAAGUUCAAUAUAGAGCAAAAACUUAGGAGCUAGUGAGCAGUGAGCAUACAUGUAGAAUCUAUUGUAUUAACCUUUAAAAUAAUUUAAAAACAUAAAUAUGAUAAUAAUAAUAAUAAUAAUAAUAAUAAUAAUAAUGUUAAAAAUGCUGUUUUUAUUUUCACAGUGCUAAGUGGAAUGAUUUUCCAUAAUCAAUGUCUGGUUCUGGUCUCCACAGGAGAGAUGCAUUAUUAAAGUGUCUGACUGCUGACAUAAUCAUUGAUUUGUUCUCACAACUCAGUUUUUCCUUUGCUCUUGCUCUGUUUUCUGGUCUUGAAGUCUGAUGCACAGCGAAAGCCCAAGUUGUCCGACGCUGAAUCUGGCGUGUUGCCCAUUCUACAGAUAAAGCCAAGGUAGAGGGAAAAAUUAUUCCUCAUAAACCACAAUGAUGAAGUGUGUCUAUAAAGGUACAGAGGAAGAAGAUAAAAUGUAAUAAACAGUAUGUUUGAAGAGCAGCUAGUAAGAGGAAGUCAGUACUGACCGGGUGGUGACACGUGCCCUGUGAUUGGCUGAUCCAUCAGCUGUGUCGAUCCAUGACGCCCCGCGCAGGACAUACAUGAUCUGAGGAGUCUCCAGUGUCAGCGCUUUGAAACAGUCAGCGAUAAAGCAAUAAAGAUACAGGAAAGUCUUCAGCACAGACAGCUUUGCAGUUUGAGACUGACCUGCCACAAAUUGGUGCGAUUUUGGAGGAACUUGUUGCCCCAUGGGUACGUCCUUCCUGAAACACACAUUGGAAGGAUUGGAAUCAUUAACAACAAGCCCCCAAAGUGAAGAGAACUCUUUGGUAAUGCUGAUUGACAUGUGGUUUACCAUCCAGCCCUCCACGUGCAGCUAUUUCCCACUCCUCUUCACUGGGCAGCCUUUUCUUCUUCCACUUACAGUAAGCGAGCAUCGUUCCAGCUCACCUGCACCACCGGAGAGUCUAGACAGUCUUUGAUGGUAGAAUUUGGUCCACUUGGCUACAGUUGAUGAGGAAAAAAAAAAGAUUGUGUCAGUAAACCUCAAUACUGAAGUCUUGAAUGAAAAAGUCGUGCAAGAAGAAAUUAGUAAAUUACCUGUCUCCAAAAUGCUUUCUCAACUGGCAACCACCAGGGUGCAGACUAAAAGGGGAUGACAAAUAAAAAUGUAGAUAAAAUGACUCGAAAUUGGAGUA